AUGUCUACCAAAUUCGGAAAAGAUGAUGCUAUCAUGUACCAGGCUCGGUCCGACCUGGACGAGGAGGAUCCCAACAGCCAGACAGGGUCCAUCGACCCCCUGGCUGCUCCGUUGAAGAGAAGAUUGAAGUCGCGACAUCUGCAGAUGAUCGCAAUUGGUGGGAUUAUCGGGCCGGGAUUGUUGGUCGGUUCGGGAAAUGCACUGAAUAAGGGCGGCCCGGCGGGAUGUCUGAUCAGUUUUUCUCUCGUCGGGCUUAUUGUGUUUUUCGUGAUGCAAUCGCUGGGCGAACUGGCUACUGCAAUCCCUGUUUCUGGAUCGUUCACCGAGUAUGCGCAACGAUUUGUGGACGAUUCAUUGGCUUUCGGACUGGGGUGGGCGUACUGGUAUCUUUGGGUGACGAUUCUGGCGAGUGAAUAUAAUGCGAUUUCGCUUGUCAUCGGUUUCUGGACGGAUGCUGUGCCCCAAUGGGGCUGGAUCCUGAUCUUUUGGUUCCUGUUCCUAGGGUUGUCCAAUCUGGGUGUUCUAGCAUAUGGUGAAAUGGAGUUUUGGUUGUCACUUAUCAAAGUGCUGGCACUGAUCGCCUUCUUCAUCCUGGCCAUCUGCAUCAGCACGGGCGGCGUCGGGCCUGGUCCCAUUGGCUUCAAAUAUUACCAUGAUCCGGGCGCAUUUGCCGAUUCGAUCAACGGCGUCGCAAGGACGUUCGUCGUUGCCGGCACGCUCUAUGCGGGCACAGAGAUGGUGGGUGUAACUGCUGGAGAAUCAGCAAACCCCCAAAAGGCCGUCCCGACCGCCAUCAAGCAGGUCUUCUGGCGUAUCCUGAUCUUCUACAUUGGAACCUUUUUCUUCCUGGGAAUCCUACUCCCCUACAACCACCCCAAGCUGCUCAGCUCUACUUCCACCGCCGCCAGCUCUCCAUUGACCAUCGCGCUCACCGACGCCGGCAUCCUGCCAGCCGCGCAUCUAAUCAACGCCCUAAUCGUCGUCAGCGUCAUCUCCGCCGGCAACGGCUCAUUGUACGUGGCAUCGCGAACCAUGCUCUUCAUGGCUCGCAACGGCAAGGCACCGCGCUUCAUCGGCCGCACCAAUUCGCGGGGUGUCCCCUGGGCGGCCCUGAUCUUCUCCAACAUCUUCACCUGCAUCGUGUUCCUCACGCUCUCCUCGAGCGCGGGCCGGAUUUAUUCCGCAUUAAUCACCUUAGCAGGAGUGGCCACCUUCGUAGUCUGGGCCGUCAUCUGCAUCGCACACAUCCGCUUCCGCAAGGCAAUGGUCGUACAAGGCGACGAUCCAUCCCGACUUCCUUUCCGAGCAGCGCUCUACCCCUACGGCACGUAUUUCGCGCUGGUCGCGACGAUCUUCCUCGUGUUCUUCCAGGGGUAUACGGCCUUUUUGAAUCCGUUUAGCGUGGACGACUUCAUCAUCAAUUACAUCCUGCUUCCGGUGUUCGUGAUGUUGGUUGUGGGAUACAAGAUCUGGAAUAAGACGAAGAUCGUCAAACUCGAGGAGAUGGAUAUCUGGACGGGAAGAAGGGUCGCUGAGGUUGAUGAGACAGAAACCGAUAAGAAGCACGGAUGGUUGGCCAAGUUGAAGGAUAUAUUUAUUGGUUAA